CCGCGAUCCAACCCACCAGCUUGCCCAACCCAUGGCGAAGAGGUUGAGGGAUUUGAAGGAGAAACCGCCCAAGAAGAAGACCAAGGCGUCGAAGGCGUCCGAUGAUGUGGAGCGCGGCUUUCUGGUCACCGGCCCGACUUGCCAAGAAGCCUUGCGAGGUCUAAAAGACUUGCGCUUGCACCUGGAAGUGGAGGCAGAGGAAAGGAAAGACACACAGUCUGAUCACAGGAAUUCAGAAGGGGUUUCUGUGUGCCACAGUUUAGAUGUUGAACUUGCAGAAUUACACAGCCAGAGGCGGUUUCUGACGGUGGGCAUGGUGUGUAAACAGGUGGCUUUCCUAAGGGCGCAACAUGUUGACGACAUUCCAUCAAGGUUGUUGUCUCGAUUCCUGGUGCCUGGCCGCGACAGAUUUGUAUCCCGCUUUGCAGAUCGCGCGCAGCUCCGGUGCGACGCGCUUUGGGCCGAAGGAUCCGUGCAGCGCUGGAACGCGCCUCUUCCAACAACCUCCAUGCAAAGCGGGAGGGUUCUUCCUGUUGAUAUGUCAUCGCAGCCAAGAUCUGAACGUUUCAGCCGUCUUGCGCAAGAUGUUCUGGCUUCUCAUGCCGGACGUCCGUGGCGGCUUCUGUAUGAGCCGUUCCGCGGUGGAUGGAACACUAUUUCUAAGGAGGAUGCCUUUGAAGUAUGCAGAAACAUUCUUGGCGCAGAUCGUCAAUCCGUUGCAGAUCCAGAAAUCACGGUGGUUUGCACUGUGCAACCCAGAUUUGUUGGCUUGGCCGUAGUGACUUUUGACGUGGACUAUUUGCGAGUAGAGGAUGAGAUAGGAUGAGAGACGGAUGAACAUCGCGAAAAGAA